UCACAGGCGGAACCAUACAGAAGAACAAACGCUUCAGGGGGAACACGACGACGGCGCACACAACGUGAAGGACAAGAGGACUUCAAAAUUGUUCAGCUGUCACUGAAAUUCAAUAUUUCAGUUUCACUACACGUACAGGAUACUGGCACAAGAUUCACUCAAGUUGGCAUUUUCAUCACUCGUCAGUAAUCUGUUCCCUGCUGUCAGUGUUGUCAGGUUCACUGUUCCCUGAUUUGCACUUGAAUGCAAGUACACAAUGAAGCGUGACAUCUCUUACUGACAGCUGGUCAUGACAGCUCAGCAGACAAGAUGAUGUCGUGCACCAGACUACUGGCACUGCUUGAGCCGCAUGCAUUGAAGAGGAGUCUACCACAGAUCUGCGCUGCCCGUCUUUCAGGUUUUAGAAGACAGCAUGGAAACAUCGCCAGAGCCUUCUGUCAGCCUGGAUCUGGCUUUAACAAAACUGAUGACCACAGGCAGAGAAUAUGGCCUCCUUCACUGGCAGGUCACAGCUGUGGCAGAAGGUUUUUCAGCCUCACUCCUGCUGGGAUUGUGAACUCAGCCCCAGCUUCUGUUCAGCCGUACCUCAGAUUGAUGAGGCUGGACAAACCCAUAGGAACGUGGCUGCUUUAUCUUCCUUGUACGUGGAGUAUUGGGUUGGCGGCCGACCCAGGAUGCCUUCCUGAUCUGCGCAUGCUUGCGCUCUUCGGUGUGGGAGCUUUACUUAUGAGAGGAGCAGGAUGCACAAUCAAUGACAUGUGGGACAAAGACUUUGACGUGAAGGUGUCAAGGACAGCCACUCGGCCCAUUGCAUCAGGGGAGAUCACACAGUUUCAGGCCCUGGUUUUCCUUGGAGGCCAGCUGAGUUUAGCACUGGGGGUUCUGCUCUGCCUCAAUUACUACAGCAUUGCUCUUGGAGCCGCUUCUUUGUCGCUGGUGGUCACAUACCCUCUCAUGAAGAGAAUCACAUACUGGCCACAGUUUGUUUUAGGUCUCACUUUUAAUUGGGGUGCUCUUCUGGGUUGGUCUGCUGUGAAGGGAUCAUGUGAUUGGUCGGUGUGUUUACCUCUCUAUGUAUCUGGUGUCAUGUGGACAUUGAUUUAUGACACAAUCUAUGCCCAUCAGGACAAAGAUGAUGAUUUAAAAGUGGGUGUGAAGUCCACAGCUCUGAGGUUUCAGGAGAACACCAAACUGUGGCUGAGUGGCUUCACUGGGGCGAUGCUGUCAGGGCUGGUUCUAGCAGGAGCUAAUGCUGACCAGACUUUGCCCUACUAUUGUGCAGUGUCUGCAGUGGCCAUUCAUCUAGCACAUCAGAUCUACGCCGUGGACAUCAACAGACCUGAGGACUGCUGGAAAAAGUUUGCUUCAAACCGAAACCUUGGACUGCUUUUAUUUUUAGGAAUCGUGACUGGAAACUUAUGGAAAAUGAGAAAUGACCAUCAGUGUGAAACAUAACUUAACUCCAAUAGUACCAUUGAUGGAAACAUGUUAACCAGUAAAUAUUCUUAAAAUAUUUAUUGAAUUGUUACGAACAGGCUCGAUUUCUUAAAUAAUAAGAAAACUUACAUCUAUAAAAUUAAUGUUAACAUUGAGAACAUUGCCAGUAAGUUAUGCCCACAAAC